GAUCCCGGGAGCAGCGGGCAGGACUCGGGAGCGCUUUCCCUCCCAGUCUGGCUCUUACUGGGAGCACUGGGAGGGAACUGGGAGCAAACAGCGCCCGGACGCGGCUGCAGCCGGCGAGGGGCGGGGCCGAGCCACGGGGCGUGGUUAUGCAAAUCCGGGAGCGAUCGCGCGCUGUGAUUGGUGGGCGGGAGCAGGGCGGGGUUUGCCCUCAGACGUGAGGGGAGCGGGAUCCGGAGCGAUGGCGGCGGCGUCCGAGACCGAGCGGCUGCUGAGCCGCGGCCCCGGGUACGGCACGGCCGAGGCGGCCCCGGGGCCGGUACCGGAGGAGGAGGAGGAGGAGCUGCGGCGCCGCCUCAAAUAUUUCUUCAUGAGCCCCUGCGACAAGUACCGGGCCCGCGGCAGGCGGCCCGUGAAGCUGGCGCUGCAGCUGGCCAAGAUCGUCCUUGUCACCGUGCAGCUGAUCCUGUUUGGGCUCAGCAACCAGCUGGUGGUGGCCUUCAAGGAGGACAACACGGUGGCCUUCAAGCACCUGUUCCUCAAGGGCUACGAGGACGGCGCCGAUGACACCCAGGCCAUCUACACCCGCGGGGACCUCCUGGAACACCUGGCCUUCGUCCUCGAGAAGUACCUGGCUGUCCCCAACGAGACCCUGGGCCGCUACGCCUACGGUGGCCGCGGGCUGCGGCUGUGCCAGCGCUUCUUCCGCCGGGGGGACAUCGACCCCGGCAACGACACCUUCGACAUCGACCCCAGCGCCGUCACCGAGUGUCUGGGGGUGCACCCCGGGGACCCCCGGCCGCCGCCGCUGGACGGCACCGGCGGCAACUUCACCCUCCAGUUCCACAGGCUGAUCAAUGUCACCGCCGAGUUCCAGCUCAAGGCCAUCAACAUCCAAACGCUGCUGAACCACGAGAUCCCCGACUGCUACACCUUCAGUGUCACCGUCACGUUUGACAACAGCGCCCACAGCGGGCGAGUGCGGAUCCGCCUGGACACGCACGCGGCCAUCCGGGAGUGCCACCACCCCUCGCUGCCCGGCAGAGGUGACAAUUCCCUGCGCCUGUCCUUCGAUGUGCUGGUGACAGCCGUGUGCUCGCUGUCCCUGGUGCUCUGUGCCCGCUCCAUCGCCCGCGGGCUCCUCCUGCAGAGGGAGUACAGCCGGUUCCAGCGGCGCCGUGGCCGUGCCGUGUCACCGUGGGAGCGCCUGGAGUUCCUCAAUGGGUGGUACCUCCUGCUGGUCACCAGCGACGUCCUCACCGUGCUGGGCACCGUCCUCAAGAUCGGCAUCGAGGCCAAGAAUUUCUCGGGGUACGACGUGUGCAGCAUCCUGCUGGGGACAUCGACACUGCUGGUGUGGGUCGGGGUCAUCCGGUACCUGACCUUCUUCCAGAAGUACAACAUCCUGAUCGUGACCCUGCGCGUGGCCCUGCCCAGCGUGCUGCGUUUCUGCUGCUGCGUGGCCGUGAUUUACCUGGGCUACUGCUUCUGUGGCUGGAUCGUGCUGGGCCCGCACCACGUCAAGUUCCGCUCGCUGUCCAUGGUGUCCGAGUGUCUCUUCUCGCUGGUCAAUGGCGAUGACAUGUUUGCCACCUUCGUGGCGCUGCGGCCCAGCGGGGCUCUGGUGUGGCUCUUCAGCCAGGUGUACCUGUACUCGUUCAGCGCGCUCUUCAUCUACCUGGUGCUCAGCCUCUUCAUCGCCCUCAUCACCGGCUCCUACGACACCAUCAAGAACCAGCCCGAGGGCGGCGCCCCCGCGCCGCUGUCGCCGCUCCAGGCUUUCAUCGCGCAGUGUCGCGACAGCCCCGACUCGGGGAAGUUCCGCCGAGACAGCUCCGCCUCCUGCUCCGCCCUCUGCUGCUGCGGCCGGGCCCCCGUGCAGGACAACGCGCUGCUGGUGAACUGAGGGGACAUCGGGGACACCGAGGGGACACCGAGGGGACACCGGAGGGGGACACCCCAAAACCCCCCCAGCUUUUAAUUUAUUUUAUUUUAUUUUCUGCUUUUACCUGCCUGGGACACCAAAUUUGGGGAUGGAUUUUUGGGGGACUUUGGGGUCCCCAAAUCUGGUUUUUGGAAUAAUUUUUUGAGACCCCCAAAUUAUUUUUGGGGGUAAAUUUGGAACCCUGGGACCCCCCAAAAUCCAUUCUUGGGAUAAAUUUGGAGCUCUGGGACCCCCAAAAUUCAUUUUUGGGGGCACUUCGGGACCCCCCAA